GCCAUUUUGGGGAGCACGGCGCCGAGCGGGCGGUGCGCGGCGCCCUCUGGCGGCUCCCCGCGCGCAGAUCCGCUCCGAGCGGGCGGCCGCCGGCCAUGAAGUCCGUUUUCGUCACCGUGGGUACCACCAGCUUCGACGACCUCAUCGCCACCGUCUGCUCCCCGGCGGCGCUGCAGGUGCUGCAGAGCCGCGGCUGCGAGAAGCUGGUGCUGCAGGUGGGGCGGGGCGCGCUGGACCCGGCGCUGCUGGGCAGCCCGGACGCGGCUGUGGAAGUGGAAGCUUUCCGCUACAAGGAGUCGCUGGCUGAGGACCUGCGGAGGGCGGACCUGGUCAUCAGCCACGCAGGUGCAGGUAGCUGUCUGGAGACUCUAGAAAAAGGAAAACCACUAAUUGUAGUAAUAAAUGAAAAGCUGAUGAACAACCACCAGCUUGAACUGGCGAAACAGCUCCACAAAGAUGGGCAUGUCCUCUACUGCAACUGCAGCACUCUUGUGGAGACACUGCAGUCGAUGGAGUUAUCAACUUUGAAACCUUUUCCUCCUGGACAGCCAGAAAAGUUUGCUUUGUUCUUGGAUCAAGUUUUUGGGGUUCAAUGGGGGAGUUCUCGGGCAGAGGGAGCCGGGUCGGGCUGUGCUCGGGGCCGUGCUCCGCGGCCGGCGGGCAGUGAGGGGGAUGCUGGGGCCGGGCCGGGCGCAGGUGGGCGCGUUGUGCGGCGGCCCCUCAUUAGCAGCAGCCGCGCGGGCAGGCGCCACGCGCCGCGCAGCGCCCCGCGCGGAGCCCCCGCGUGCCGUUGCCGCCUCGGCCGUUGCCGCCUCAGCCGCUGUUGCCGCCGCUGCCACCCGGCGACGAUGCAGAAGGGCUGGAAGAAGUACUUCGGACAGAAGUCCUUCAGCGAGGUGGCCAUGGACAAGUACCUAGGCAGCCUGGGGCUGUACCGCAAGAUGACGGCUAAGGACGCCUCCUGCCUCUUCCGAGCCGUCUCGGAGCAGCUGUUUUUAUCUCAAAUUCACCACCUAGAAGUUAGGAAAGCUUGUGUUUCAUUUAUGAGGCAGCACCAGCCUAACUUUGAAUCUUAUGUGGAAGGAUCAUUUGAGAAAUACCUUGAACGACUGGGAGAUCCAAAGGAAAGUGCUGGCCAGUUGGAAAUGAGUGCCUUAUCAGUCAUGUACAAGCGAGACUUUAUUCUGUACCGGUACCCUGGAAAGCCACCCGUUCAUGCUACAAACAAUGGCUUUGAAGACAAGGUUUUACUGUGUUGUUCAGGCAAUGGCCAUUACGACUCUGUGUAUACAAAACAGUUCCAGGAAAAGGCUGCUAUUUGCCAGGCUGUAUUAUAUGAGAUCCUGUACAAAGAUGUGUUUGGCAUGGAUGAGGAAGAAUUAAAGUCUGCAGUGGAGAUGUUUCGAAGUGGAUCCAAGAAGAACAGAAACAAUGUCUCUGUGGCAAGUGAAGAUGCAAACUUUAAUUGUCUUCAUGAAAAAGUAUCUGGAAAUCCAUCAGAAAAGAGACUGAACGACUGGGAAGGCAAUGAGAUUGACAGUCCACAGGAAGAUAAGUUCAAACAAGGCAUUGAAGAAGAAAAGCAUCCAGAAAAUCCAUCAAAGAUGCCUGUUCCUUAUAAAGUGCUAAAGGCUCUGGACCCUGGGAUCUAUCGAAAUGUGGAGUUUGAUGUUUGGCUGGACAGCAGAAAAGAGCUUCAAAAAACUGACUACAUGGUGUUUGCUGGGAGACAGUACUAUUUAGGAGACAAGUGUCAGGUACGUCUGGAGCCUGGAGGUAAGUAUUACAAUGCUCAUAUCCAGGAAGUCGGACAGGAUGGCAACACCUUGACUGUGUUCGUUGAGGAGCUGGCAGAAAAGCAUGCAGUUCCUUUGGCAAACUUGAAACCGGUGACACAAGUGGCACCUGUCCUUGCUUGGAAUAUGGUUUCCACCAGAAAAGGAGGAACCUAUCAGAAAAUAGCAGGUGGAUACUUCUCAGGAAUAGAAAUGGAUGUGAAGACACGGAAGAGAAUGUCUAAGAAAAUUCGUGGAAAGGAAGUUUUUAUGACUGUAUCUUACAGCAGGGGUCAGGCAGUUCUUCCACCCCGGCUACAGCACGGUGUUCCUUCGGGGCACUCUACUCCACUUCAUUGCUCACAGGGUGGUGGAAACAUGCCACCUUAUGAACCCUAUCAUCCUCAGAAUGCUCCUCAGAGACAUAACCGUGGAUUUGGGAUGUCAAGGGGAUCUGCCCGAUUUAUAAACAGGCACAACAUGGUUGGCCCUCACAUAGCAUUCUACCCCAGUCCAGGAAAGAGAUGCUAUCAGAGCUAUGACAAUUUCUGCUGCAGGUCCUGCUCAUACAGCCGUAGCUGCCGUCAGAUGCAGUGUGUGAAUAAGGAGUGUCAGUAUGGGUUUGUACCAGGGAGUGGAGAGGAGCCUCAAGGACCAGAAGAAACUAUAACUUUCUAUGAAAUAGAAGGAGAGGAUGACACUGCUUUUCCUCCUUUACCAAACCAGGGUAGCCCUGCUCCCAUUAUCCAUGGUACAGCAGGAUUCUGGGUAGCAAGGAGAGGCCCAAACUCAGAUGUGCCUAACAAGCAGAUCCUGAAUUCCUGUGAGGAGGAAGAAACAAAUGAAAAUGGGAAAUUCCAUGAGGAAUAUAUCUGUUCACCUCCAGAUCCUGACUGUGACACUGCAACAGUAUUUAGUUCAGCAGAGCCUACGGAAAACUUGGAAGAAGGGGCAGUCUCUGUGUCACCUCAAGAUGGAGUGGCCUCCUACAGCUGUCCCCAGAAGGUGAUGGUGAAUUCUGCAGCUAUCUCAACCUCUACAACUGUUUAUGCUGCUCCAGCUACAGGCUUCUCCUCAAAUUCUGCUGCCUCCACUUCAGCCAGUGCCACAACAGCAGUUCCCCCACAAACAGCAGUCCAGCCGGUCAUGGUAUCUCCCCCUUCUAUAGGGAGGCCAGCAGUUUCUUUGGUGCCAUUGCCAAUUUAUUCAGCCCCUCUUCCUCCAGUCAGUGAGGUGGGAGAAGCUGGUGCCGUUCUUCCACCUUACUCUUGUGAUCCCAAUGGCAGUGAUCUGCCUCGAGAUACAAAGGUCUUGCGGUACUAUUUUAAUCUGGGAUUGCAAUACUACCAUCAGAGCUAUUGGCCUCCCAUGAUGUAUGUAGAGCCAGUGCUGCCCCCAUCACCUAUGGAAGUUUAUCCAGCAUAUACUGAGCCAGCUCCUGUGCUAGAUCAGUCAGUACAUCAGCUCUACACUGAUGCUGGGCGAACUGAAAUCCACCAGGUUCCCUUGGAAGCACCUGCAAACGGUAACUUUCAAAAUGGAGAGGCUCCAGCCCUGCCCUACGGGUCAGUGUAUUACCCAGUUGUGUCAGACCCCUUCAGCCAGCAGUCCCUUCCUGGGUUUGAUUCUUUAGUACCUGCCUAUCGCUAUGUUAGUACCUGGCAUCCAGCAAAUCCACCCUAUGGAAAUUCUCCACAGAUUGCUAAUGCUGCGAGUUCUGCACCACUGCAGCAAGUCAGCUAUAUUGCCUCACCUAACCCUGCACCUCAUGACGUGCCUCAAGCAAUGUAAACCAGGGAGCUAUAAACUCACUUCUUGCCCUUGGUUUCUUUGGUUGUCAAAUAUGUUAAUAUUGUUUUGUAAAUCUCACCUUGUCUUAGUGGGCUGGGUCAGUCGAUUAAACUACACUCAAAUUUCAUGUCUCUCUUUAGAUUUAUGCUGGUGAUAUAUGACUUGAUAAGAUGUUUUGGUGGAUUAUGUAGGAAAGCAUAGGAAAAGAGUGUACAGAAAUGAUAGUGCAGGGAACACAAAGCUUGAGUUUGACUAUAUAAAGUAUGUAUAAUAACCUGUGCUAUCACUGAAUGAAUGUUGUACCUCUGAGGGGUUGCACUGGAACACUUAGAGACCUGGUUCUUGUUUAGUCACUGAAAUAGGCUGCAGUUACAACUGCAGUCAAAAAUUGGGCACAGGGUCAUUAGAGGACAAAAAUGUUUGAAAGAGGUUGGCUUUCUCAGAUUCAGCAAAUCAGUGCUGCUUUGCCACUAGUGGUCACACAUUUGUAAUAGCUGUAUUCUGUCUAAUUUUGUUCUGUAUAGGUUUCAUGACUCAUGACUCUUGAAAAUGUAAGAAUACUGUUUGAAUUUUUGGAUAUUGCUCUAUGUUUGUAAGAUUUGGUUUUUGGAAGCUGUUGCACAAAUGGUGGUAGUCUUGGUGUUUGCACUGAUAGCACAAAAGCAUUGAACACAUGAAAAUGAGUGGUCAUUAGAGGAUGAAAAUGUUUGAAAGAGGUUGGCUUUCUCAGAUUCAGCAAAUCAAUGCUGCUUUGCCACUAGUGGUCGCAUAUUUGUAAUGGCUGUAUUUUGUCUCAUUUUGUUCUGUACAGGUUUCAUGAUUCUUGAAAGUGUACAAAUACUGUUUGAAUCUGUUGGAUAUUGCUCUAUGUUUGUAAGAUUUGUUUUGUGGAAGCUGUUGCACAAAUGGUGGUAGUCUUGGUGUUUAUUUUGCACUGAUAGCACAAAAUAAAAGCAUUGAACAUAU